AUGCAGGAGCCAGACAAGGCCGACGUGGCGCUGCUGAAGCUGAAGCUUGACCACAUGGCUACGGGAGGGCCCUCGCCACCGCCGGUGGCGCGUGAGGCCUUCCACCGCGGCUUGGAGCUUCACGCCUCGCUCGACGCGCUCCUGGGUACUCACAGCCACUGUCUCGGGACCGCUCUCGCGCUGGCCAAGCCUUGGUUAUCGAGACAAGCCCACAUCGACGCGGUGCACGUGAAGAAAGAACGGGAUGCAGCGGCACACGGUGCCUUCUCUUGGCUGAACAAUCCUGGCGGGCCAGCGCAGGCUCUGCCCCCGAUCCCUACGGGUGUCGGGGCGUGGCACGCCGCCCACCUGGAGGCAAUGCUGGCGGCAAAGGUCCCGCCCGUCCCCAAGUACGUCGUCAUUGAGGUGCCGCAGCUGCUGCCACCUGCCGAUGAAGGCGCUCCUUGUGGAUGUGAUGCCGCCGACACGGCGUCGUACGACUCCGACGUGCCCAGUGGCCAUAUCCCGCCCGAUCGCCCUGCUGGUUUGGCCCCCUCCAAUCUGCUGCAGGGCCUCUGGGAGCCACUCUGGGACCCUAGACCUCCCGAACCGCCCGCGUUCCCUGUCGUGGAGGAGGCGGGGCACCGCGCGGAGGAGGCAGCUGAGUGGCCAAGUGCUGGUGACGCAUAUUCAAAUCGCAAUUUCAUGUCGGACCGCUCUGGAGAGGACAUUGGGUCGGACACCUUCAGCGACGACCUGGGCUACAGCAACGUGUGCUUCCCCGUUGACUCGUCGCUUGGCGUAUCCACUGUGGCUGGCAUUGUGGUGCAGAGGGUGCGGCAUGCUCAUCUGCCCGUGGUGCUGGCCGCCCUGGCUCGAGAAGCGUGUCCACGAGAUUGCGAGUCCAUGUACGUGAUCAACCUCGUGGUCUGCCUGGUCGUCGUCGUGGUGCCGCACGCCUGCGCCCAGGACGGCGGGUGGGGCCGGGGCCACGUCUUGGCCCUGCCCCUCGCGGCGCUGCUGCUGCUGCUGGCGGCGGCGCUCCGGCCGGCGCGCAGGCCCUCCGCCAAGGCCGCGCCGUGGGGCCUGCCGCGAGCGGCCUGCCGCGGGGGGCCCGCCCCGCCGUCGCCGCGGCCCCCCGCCGCGGCGGCCGUGCGCUGUCUCGUCUCCCUGGCCGUGGACGCGGCGAAGAUGGCGUGCUGGGUGGCCCUGCUGAGCCCCUGGCUCGCGCGGUUUGGCGUCAUGUACCUGCGCGACCCGCGCAUCAUCCGCGGCGUCCGGUGCGGCAGCGGCCCGCGGAGCUUCGUGGACGUCUACGUCCCGGCGGCGCACGCGGCGAGGGGGGGCGGCGGGCGCGGCACGGCGGGGGCGCCCACGGCGCUUGGCACCGAGGGAGCGGCCGCCCAGGGGCUGCCCGUGGUCGUGGCCGUCAUGGGCGGCGCCUGGGUGAUAGGCUACCGCGCCUGGAACGUGCAGCUCGCGCUGCGGCUGGCGGACGCGGGCGUGGUGGUCGUCGCCGUGGACUACAGGAACUGGCCCCAGGGGGCGGUGCCUGACAUGGUCUACGACAUCGCGGGCGCCAUCACCUGGGCCUUCCAGAACGUAGCCCGCUUCGGCGGGGACCCUGCGAACGUGCUCCUGCUGGCGCAGAGCGCUGGGGCCCACCUGUCGUCGCUGCUGCUUGUGCAGCGCGCGCUGGCGCAGGCGCAGGCGCGGUGCGCGGGGGCGAAGGCGAGCCCUCUGGAGGAGGCCUGCCGCGGCUGGGCGCCCUCCAGCUUCAGGGGCUUCCUUGGCGUGUCGGGCGUGUACGACGUCGGGGCGGUGCAGGCGCACCUGGCCAGCCGGGGCUUCCCGCCCCACCACUUGGGGCUCAUGUGCCCGAAGGGCGACGUCGCCGAGGCCUCCCCGACGCUCCUCCUGGAACGGGCCCCCGCCGACGUCGCGGCCGCCGCGGCGUCCGCGAUGCCCCCAGUCCACCUCUACCACGGCGAGUUGGACAACUGCGCCCCCUGCGCCAACUCCCUGGGGUUCGUGCGCGCGCUGUCGGCUGCCGGGCAUGGGCAGGCCAGCGUUGAGGUGAAGCCUGGAAGCAGGCACGCGGAGCCGGUGGACCCCCUGGUGGGCGACGACGUCCAGGUGCGCAUGGCGCUAGGCAUGCUUUUCGGCAGGGAGGAGGGGCUCGCGCGCUACCGCGCCAUGCCGCCCCCAAAUUCACGGCCCCCACUGCGGUUGUGGACAUUGCACGCGGGCUCAUGCCGUUCUGACGCGCGCCCGCCGCCGCCGCCGCCGCCGCCGCCGCCGCCCGCCCGCGGCGCGAGGCCCCGAGCCGUGCAGCGCCUCUGCCGGCCGGCUCCGCGCGCCCGGGGUGGCGCCCCGGAGGGCGCCCGCCUCGAGGCGCGCGCGCUCCCGGAGCAAACUGCUUCGCCUCCGGACGAGCUCUGUAUUUUUGCCGCGCGCGCGCUCCUGAAGCAAACUGCUUCGCUCGCCGACGAAUUCGACGUGCUCCGUUUCUGUUCUGUUCCCGGGGGCCGCGCGCGCGGAUCCGUCCCAGGGCACAUGCUCUUUCGAGAGUUGCUUGCGCUGCUUGGCCGUGAAGGCCACUCGAAGCCCCCUUACCCCUCCCAACCCAGCUUCCUCCAAAUCCCUGCCUCCCUCCCAUGA